GCAAAAGGAAUACGAAAAACAAAUGGAAAAAGAAGAACGAAGGCAAAAAGAAGAAGAACGAAGGAAAAAGAAGCGGAGGAACCUAAUGAAGAGGAAUUAAAUAGAAGGAAAAUGGAGAAAGAAGUAAACAGAAGGGUAGAGGAAAAAUUAAAUAAAAGAUUUAAAAAGAGCAAUAAAGAAAAGCAAAGAAA